AUGAGCGCUCUCCCACCGGCGAUUGCUCCGGCUUUCCAAUACGCAUCGGAUUGUUACAUAACUCAAUCGAUUCAAAUGGGAAUGGAGGGAUUACACGGAAUCGGAAUGACGUGGCCGACUGCAUUCAUUUCAGCUGCAAUUCUAUUAAGGAUUGGAACGGCGCCGUUGCAUAUUUAUGCAGAGAAACUGUUCGCACAGAGACUUCAUGCACAGAACUUUUUGACGCAGGGCAUUUUGAAGAAAGUAAGCGAACGAUAUCGUGUACAACUGGGUCCGUCUGCCGAUGGCUCAAAACUCGAAGUGAAAUCAUCGGAUCCAAAAAUCGCGAAAGCCACCGAAGACGCUCUACAUGAAGUUCCAUCAAUGCUAUCAGAACACGGUCUCCAGGCCGCCCGUAUUCAAAAUCUGAAAAUGUCGACUGUUCCCAUUUGGAUAUUCUCCUCAUUCGCCCUCCGAAACGUCAUCAAUUCGGAUUUCCAUCCAUCGGUCGCCGGUGCUCUGUGGAUUCCCGAUAUGUUGGCACCCGAUCCGUAUUUUGUGUUGCCGGUGGCAGUGGGCGUGUUCGGAUUCUUAAAUUUAUAUUCCCAACGAAAAAUCUAUCCGGGAGUGGUGAAGAUGACGUGGAAACAGAAAUCAUAUGACGCGGUGCUGGCAUUCUUCACCAUGUUCGCCGUCUCCAUCAUGUCACAAUUGCCAGCGUGCAUCCCAAUGUAUUGGCUAAUCGUCUCAAUGUCUGGAAUGGCUCAAGCACAACUUCUGCGUCAUCCGAAGAUCAAAUCGAUAUUCGGAAUCAAAAAACUGCCGACCGACUCGAGGACACCGAUUAGAGAUCUGUUUAAAAUGAGAACUGUCUAG